AUGUUCGGGUAUUUAAAGGGAGGAGCAGGCUCUUUAAUCAACGCGCCUAGAUUGGUUGCAAAAAACGCACUUGUUUUCAACGCUAGUCGCUCACGUUUGUUCCAUUCAAGUCUUCCGAAGCUCAGUGCUAAGGUACCGGAAACUUAUGAGGAAGAAAAGGUCUACAUUGAUGAGUUAAAUAAGACUUUGACCCCUGCGGAUGUCAAGACGUUGACAGGUAUGAGAAAUAUCGGGAUUUCUGCCCAUAUUGACUCUGGUAAGACCACUUUCACCGAGCGUGUGUUGUUCUACACUGGAAGAAUUAAGGCUAUCCAUGAAGUCAGAGGUCGUGAUUCUGUUGGAGCAAAGAUGGACCAUAUGGACUUAGAAAGAGAGAAGGGUAUUACCAUUCAAUCUGCUGCUACUUACUGUUCUUGGGAUAAAGAUGACAAAUCGUACCAUUUCAAUUUGAUUGAUACUCCUGGCCAUAUUGAUUUCACUAUUGAGGUGGAAAGAGCCUUGAGAGUUUUAGAUGGUGCUGUCUUAGUGGUGUGUGCUGUCUCCGGUGUCCAAUCUCAAACUGUUACCGUUGAUCGUCAAAUGCGUAGAUACAAUGUACCAAGAAUUACCUUCAUUAACAAGAUGGAUAGAAUGGGAUCCGAUCCAUUCAGAGCCAUCGAACAGAUUAAUCAGAAAUUGAAGACUCCAGCUGCUGCCAUUCAAGUCCCUAUAGGAGCUGAGUCUGAAUUGAAGGGUACCGUUAACAUUAUCGAUAGAGUAUCCAUUUACAAUGAAGGUCCACAAGGUGAAACUCUCAGAAUUACAGAAGAGAUUCCAGAAGAUUUGAAAGAUUUGGUGGAAGAGAAGAGAUCUCUUUUAAUUGAAACUUUGGCUGAUGUCGAUGAAGAGAUGGCCGAUAUUUAUCUAGAAGGUGAAGAACCAACUGUUGAACAGAUCAAGGGUGCUAUAAGAAGAGCAACUAUUGCUAGAAGAUUCACCCCUGUUCUUAUGGGAUCUGCUUUGGCUAACAAGGGUGUUCAACCAGUUUUGGACGCCGUUGUUGAUUACUUACCACAACCAAAUGAAAUUUUGAAUCGUGGUUUAGAUGUUACUGACCCAUUAGAUGAAAAGCCAGUUAAUUUGGUUCCAUCUUCAACUGCUCCCUUUGUUGGCUUGGCUUUCAAGUUAGAAGAAGGUAAGUAUGGUCAAUUAACAUAUAUCAGAGUUUAUCAAGGUAAGUUAAAGAAGGGUGCUUAUAUGAACCAUAUCAAAUCUGGUAAGAAGGUUAAAGUAUCAAGAUUAGUGAGAAUGCACUCUAAUGACAUGGAAGAUGUUGAUGAAGUUGGUGCUGGUGAAAUUUGUGCCACUUUUGGAAUUGAUUGUUCUUCAGGUGAUACAUUUAUUGGCCAAAACAACGAGCAAAAGAUUGCCAUGAGCUCUAUGUUUGUACCUGAUGCGGUUAUUUCUUUGUCCAUAACGCCAAAGAACAAGGAUAACGGUAAUUUCUCGAAAGCCAUGAACCGUUUCCAAAAGGAAGAUCCUACGUUCAGAGUUAGAUAUGACCCAGAAUCCAAGGAAACUGUUAUUUCCGGUAUGGGGGAAUUGCAUUUAGAAAUUUACGUUGAAAGAAUGAAGCGUGAAUACGGUGUUGAAUGUACCACUGGUAAGCCACAAGUUGCCUACAGAGAAACCAUUACUGCACCAACCACAUUCGAUUACACACACAAGAAGCAAUCUGGUGGUGCUGGUCAAUUCGGUAGAGUCAUUGGUGAAAUGAAGGCCAUCGAAGGUGAAAACAGCUUCACUCACCAUGUUGUUGGUGGUAAAAUCAGUGAUAAGUUCUUGUUUGCCUGUCAAAAGGGAUUUGAAGAUUCGAUGGAAAAGGGUCCAUUAACUGGACACAAGGUUUUAGGUGUUCACAUGCACAUCAAUGAUGGUCAAACCCAUCUUGUUGAUUCUUCCGAAUUAGCUUUCAGAGCUGCCACCAAUGGUGCCUUUAAACAGGGGUUCUUGAACGCCAAGCCUGCCCUUUUAGAACCGAUUAUGUCUUUGGAAGUUACAGCUCCAAAUGAAUUUCAAGGUGCUGUUGUGGGAUUAAUUAACAAGAACGGAGGAAUGAUUUUGGAAACAGUCAACGGACAAGAAGAGUUCACCGUUACCGCUGAGAGUUCGUUAAACUCCAUGUUCGGGUUCUCUACAUCCUUGAGAGCCUCCACGCAAGGCAAGGGAGAAUUCUCAUUGGAAUUCCUCAAAUACAGUCCAUGUUCUGCACAGUUGCAGAAGGAAUUGAUAGCCGAAUACCAAAAGAAGUUGAAGGAAAAGAGUUAG